AUGGAGAAAGGAGCAAUGGCUUUUCCUUUUCCCGUAGCAGUUUCUUGUCUUUUUAUUGUCUUCAUUUUGGCUACUUCUGUUUCAGGAAGCCUGGUUUUCAACUUCUAUGCACCUUCAUGCCCAACAGCAGAACUCAUUGUAAGAAACACUGUCAGUUCAUCUUCUGCUUCUGAUCCUUCAAUUCCUGGGAAGCUACUUCGCUUGGUUUUUCAUGAUUGCUUUGUGGAGGGAUGUGAUGCAUCUUUGAUGCUAUUAGGGAACAAUACAGAACAAAGUGAUCCAGCAAAUAGGUCUAUUGGAGGAUUUUCAGUUAUAGAAUCAACAAAAAGAGUCCUUGAGUUCCUUUGUCCCGGAACAGUUUCAUGUGCUGACAUAAUUGCUUUGGCUGCUAGAGAUGCUGUUGAACUUACUGGUGGUCCUAUGAUUCAAAUUCCCACUGGAAGGAGAGAUGGCAUGGUUUCAUUUGCUUCAAAUGUAAGACCCAACAUUUUGGACACAAGUUUUACAAUGGAUGAGAUGAUUAACCGCUUCUCCAAUAAAGGGUUGUCCUUAUUUGACCUUGUCAUCCUUUCAGGGGCACACACCAUAGGAACAUCUCAUUGCAGCUCAUUCAGGGAUAGGUUCCGACAAGACUCCAAGGGUAAGCUCACACUCAUUGACAAAACCCUUGACAGUAGCUAUGCUGAUGAGCUAAUGAAGGAGUGUCCCUUAAGUGCAAGCCCAUCAGUAAAAGUUAACAAUGAUCCUCAAACUUCCAUGGUCUUUGACAACCAGUACUAUAGAAAUCUUCUCACCAACAAGGGGUUAUUCCAAUCUGAUUCUGCCUUGCUAAGUGACAAUAGAACAAGGAAAUUGGUGGAGGACUUGGCUAAUGAUCAAGAGUUUUUCUUUGAAAGUUGGGGCCAGUCUUUCUUGAAGCUCACAAGUAUUGGAGUCAAAACUGGUGAUGAGGGUGAAAUUAGGCGCUUCUGUGGAUCAACUAAUGCAUAG